AUGGCAAUUGUCAAGAGAGGGGGCCGUACCAAGGCCAAGCAACAACAACAGGCGCCCGCGAAAGUCAACGGUGCAGGUGCAGGUGGCGGGAUCAAGAAGGCCGAGUUUGAUAUCACCAAGAAGAAGGAAGUGGGAGUUUCGGAUUUAACCUUGUUGUCCAAGAUCACCGAUGAGGCCAUCAACGAGAAUCUACACAAGAGGUUCAUGAAUGACGCUAUCUAUACGUAUAUCGGACACGUGUUGAUCUCCGUUAACCCGUUUAGGGAUUUGGGGAUCUACACGAUGGAGAAUCUCAAUCGAUACAAGGGACGCAAUCGGUUGGAGGUGCCCCCGCAUGUGUUUGCCAUUGCUGAGUCGAUGUACUAUCAUUUGAAGUCGUAUGGAGAGAACCAGUGUGUCAUUAUCUCGGGGGAGUCGGGAGCCGGCAAAACUGAAGCAGCCAAGCAGAUCAUGCACUAUAUCGCCAAUGUCUCAGUCGACGAGGGCAACGCCGAGAUUUCGAAAAUCAAGGAUAUGGUGUUGGCGACGAACCCGCUCUUGGAGUCGUUUGGAUGCGCCAAGACCUUGAGAAACAACAACUCGAGUAGACAUGGGAAAUAUUUGGAGAUAAAGUUUAGCGAGGGAAGUUAUCAGCCCAUAGCUGCUCACAUUACGAACUAUCUAUUGGAGAAGCAGCGGGUUGUUUCGCAAAUCACCAAUGAGAGAAAUUUCCACAUUUUUUACCAGCUCACGAAGCAUUGUCCCCCGCAGUACAAGCAGCUGUUUGGCGUGCAAGGGCCGGAAACGUAUGUUUACACCUCAGCCGCCAAGUGUAUAACCGUGGAGGGAGUAGACGAUGGUAGGGAUUUUCAAGAUACGUUGAGUGCUAUGAACACCAUUGGGUUGACUCAGACUGAGCAGGACAAUAUUUUUAGAAUGUUGGCCACGAUCUUGUGGAUCGGGAACAUUUCCUUUGUUGAAGAUGAAAGCGGCAACGCGGCGAUUCGCGACGAGAGCGUCACCAACUUUGUCGCCUACCUUUUAGAUGUCAACCCUGAGAUUUUGAAAAAAGCCAUUAUAGAGAGAACGAUUGAGACCUCACAUGGAAUGAAGCGGGGCUCGACUUACCACGUGCCUUUGAACAAUGUGCAAGCCACGGCGGUGAGAGAUGCACUCGCGAAAGGCAUAUAUGACAAUCUUUUCGACUGGAUUGUCGAAAGGGUCAAUUUGUCGCUUGCUCCAAGCUAUGGUGCAGCAGACAGGUCCGUGGGUAUACUUGAUAUCUAUGGGUUUGAGAUUUUCGAGCACAACUCGUUUGAGCAGAUUUGCAUCAACUAUGUCAAUGAAAAAUUGCAGCAGAUUUUCAUUCAGCUAACACUUAAGGCCGAGCAAGAUGAAUACGUGCAGGAACAGAUCCAGUGGACCCCGAUUGACUACUUCAACAACAAGGUUGUUUGCGACUUGAUCGAAGGGAAUAGGCCUCCCGGGUUGUUUGCCGCCUUGAAUGACUCCAUCAAAACUGCUCAUGCCGAUUCAGAUGCCGCCGAUCAAGUCUUUGCGCAAAGGUUGAGUAUGGUUGGUGCCAGUAACCGUCAUUUCGAAGACCGUCGAGGCAAGUUCAUCAUUAAGCAUUACGCGGGUGAUGUCACCUAUGACGUGGCCGGUAUGACCGACAAAAACAAGGACGCCAUGUUGCGUGAUCUUUUGGAGCUCUUGAGCACCUCUUCCAAUUCGUUUGUCACUCAAACGUUGUUCCCGCCAGACUUGUUGGCGAUCUUGAUGGAUAACAAAAAGAAGGCGCAAACGGCAUCGGACAAGAUCAAAAAGAGCGCCAACUUGCUCGUUGACACUUUAUCGCAAUGCACCCCGUCCUAUAUUAGAACUAUCAAACCCAAUCAAACUAAAAAGCCUCGUGAUUACGACAACCAGCAAGUUUUGCACCAAAUCAAGUAUUUGGGUCUUAAGGAGAAUGUAAGAAUCAGAAGAGCUGGUUUUGCGUACCGUUCGACGUUCCAGCGAUUUGUUCAAAGAUUCUACUUGCUUUCGCCCGCGACGGGUUAUGCCGGUGACUAUAUCUGGCAAGGCGACGAUUUAACCGCGGUGAAGGAGAUCUUGCGGUCUUGCCAUAUCCCACCUACGGAGUAUCAAUUGGGAACCACCAAAGUAUUUAUCAAGACACCAGAGACUUUGUUUGCCUUGGAAGACAUGCGAGAUAAGUACUGGCACAAUAUGGCAGCCAGGAUUCAAAGAGCUUGGAGGCGGUAUUUGAAGAGGAAAGAAGAUGCCGCCAAGACUAUUCAAAAUGCAUGGAGAAUGAAGAUUCAUGGUAACCAGUUUGAACAAUUUAGAGAUUAUGGAAACUCGUUGGUGCAAGGCAGAAAAGAGCGAAGGAGAUUUUCGAUGUUGGGCUCGCGUGCAUACAUGGGUGACUACAUGGCCUGUAACGAUAGCAGGGGCUUUGGUCAAUACGUUGUCAACCAAGCCGGCAUCAAUGAACGCCCAGUCAUUUUCUCGGCCAAGGGUGAAAUUUUAUUGUCCAAAUUUGGUAGAUCGUCCAAAAGAAUUCCGCGGAUAAUCAUCUUGACUAAAUCGAAUUUGUACAUUGUGGGCAACUUGUUGGUGGAGAAGAAUAGAUUGCAAUUGCAAAAAGAGUUUACACUCCCCGUGCAUUCCAUCAAAAGCGUUGGGUUGUCGCAAUUGCAAGACAAUUGGAUUGCUAUCAAUUUGCAAAAUCCAACCGCUCAAACACCAGACAUUUUCUUCAAUACCGAUUUCAAAACCGAACUCGUUGCUCAGUUAAAAAAAUUGAUCCCCGGGUUGCAGAUCUUGAUUGGGCCCACCGUGCUGUACCAGAAGAAGCCAGGUAAAAACCAUGUUGUCAAGUUUGUUGUUGGCUCGGGACCCGAGGUUCCUGCAACCAGUGAUUUUUACAAAUCGGGAACCGUCACCGUGAAUCAGGGAUUACCUCCAAGCAGUAGGAAUCCAAAGAGACCCAGAGGCAAGUCAAGCAAAGUCGAUUACAGUAAAUACUACAAUAGAGGAACUAGAUCGUCUGCCCCGGCAUUCCAACCAAGAGUCACCACAAACUAUAAUUCACAGCCUAGCUAUUCCCAGCCAAAUUAUUCGCAGCCAGCGCAACCUGCACAGCCUGUGCAACCAGCAACAUCAAGACCUGCUGCUACUGCUGCUGCACAACGCAAGGCACCUCCACCAGCAACACCAAACUCGGUUGGAGCACAAACUGCUGCUCUUGCAAAUACUCACAUAUCUCCACAGCAAGCUCACAAGCCAGCGGCUCCAGCUAGACCUGCAAAGAAAGUUGCUCCUCAACCACCCGUUAAAAAGAAUUCACCUGCUCCGAAUCCAAGGAAACCCGCCCCAGCACCACCUCCGCCACCGCCAGCGUUGUCAAAACCGAAAUUCCCCACGUACAAGGCAAUGUAUGCGUACGAUGGAUCGGUUGCUGGCUCACUACCACUCGAUAAAGAUACUAUAUAUUACGUUACUCAAAUCAAUGGCAAGUGGGCAUUAGUCAAGACCAUGGAUGAGACGAGAGAAGGCUGGUCGCCAAUUGAUUAUUUGCAGGAGUGCGCACCACCGACAGGCUCGUCGGCUCCUCCACCAAUGUCAUCAUCUAACCCAGUAAGUGCUACUAGCUCAAACACCUAUUCAACACAAGCUACAAGUGAUUCAUCUGGAAGUUUAGGUUUAGGUUUAGGCAAUGGAUUAGCUGAUGCUUUAAAAGCUAAAAAGACAGAGGAACAUAAUCUAGCGGGCUCGCUAGCGGAUGCUUUAAGAAAAAGACAAGAUGCCACUAGAAACCUAAGUGACGAAGACGAAGACGACGAUGAUUGGUGA